GGAUGUUCGUAGCUUCUUUUUUAAAUAAAAAGUUUCUAAAUAAGCUUGACUGGAAUACAACUGGGUCAGAACGGACGGGGUUAUUGUCCUCUCACAGCAGGUCGUUUUGCGGAAUCAGUGCUGCUUCAGCGUUUCCGACGACACUCGAACGCCUCACAGCCCCACCUCCCCCUCACGCUGGAGGUGAUUAGGGGACGCGGUGCUGGGCCACAGACGCCGCUCUGGACACUCCCUGCUCCGGGCGGAUACUCCAAGUCCAUCUCCAGCUCCAUUCAAAGUGUCCAGAGCCACGUUCAGCCUCACACACGCCGAGCAGGAGGGAAAAAAACCCGCUCCAGAAGCUUCACUUGGAUUCUACUUUUUGUAGUUUAGAGGGUGGAUUUCGAUCGGCGAGGGAGUAACUUUCAGUUUCAGGGAUAAAGAGGGGGGGACACCAGCAGCCAAGAUGGAGGUGAAAACAUCACUUCUAGACAACAUGAUUGGGGUCGGCGACAUGGUCCUGCUCGAGCCCCUCUCUGAAGACUCCUUCCUCGAGAACCUGAAGAAACGCUUUGACCACAAUGAGAUCUAUACCUACAUUGGCAGUGUGGUCAUCUCCAUGAACCCAUACAGGUCACUGCCCAUCUACACACCAGACAAGGUGGAGGAGUAUCGAAACAGGAACUUCUAUGAGCUCAGUCCGCACAUCUAUGCUUUGGCAGACGAGGCCUACCGUUCAUUGAGAGACCAGGACAAGGACCAGUGCAUCCUCAUUACUGGAGAGAGUGGGGCAGGAAAAACAGAGGCCAGUAAACUGGUGAUGUCAUAUGUGGCUGCGGUGUGUGGGAAGGGCCAGGAGGUCAAUAAGGUCAAGGAGCAGCUGCUUCAAUCCAAUCCUGUGCUGGAAGCCUUUGGAAACGCCAAGACAGUACGGAACGAUAACUCAUCCAGAUUUGGAAAGUACAUGGACAUCGAGUUUGACUUCAAGGGAGAUCCGCUGGGCGGAGUCAUCAGCAACUAUCUGCUUGAGAAGUCCCGAGUCGUGAAACAGCCAAGAGGGGAGAGGAACUUCCACAUCUUUUAUCAGCUCCUGUCUGGGGCCUCAGACAUCACACUCAAGAAACUGAAGCUCGAUCGAGACUUCAGCAGGUACAACUACUUGAGUCUGGACUCUGCCGUCGUCAAUGGGCUGGAUGACGCUGCAAACUUCAGGACAGUCAGAAAUGCCAUGCAGAUUGUGGGAUUCAUGGAAGAUGAGAUACAGUCUGUGCUUGAGCUGGUGGCAGCUGUCUUGAAACUAGGCAACAUUGAGUUCAAACCAGAGUCCCGCUGCAACGGUUCAGACGAGAGCCGCAUCAAGGACAAAAAUGACUUGAAGGAAAUGUGUGAGCUGCUGGGGACGGAACAGUCCGUGCUCGAGAGGGCGUUCAGCUACAGAACAGUUGAGGCCAAGAUGGAGAAGGUUUCCACUACCUUGAACGUAGCCCAGGCCUACUAUGCCCGAGAUGCGCUUGCCAAAAACCUCUACAGUCGUCUCUUCAGCUGGCUCGUAACAAGGAUCAAUGAAAGCAUUAAAGCACAAACACAAACUCGACACAAGGUUAUGGGAGUGUUGGACAUCUAUGGCUUUGAGAUAUUUGAGGACAAUAGUUUCGAGCAGUUCAUCAUCAACUACUGCAACGAGAAGCUGCAGCAGAUCUUCAUCGAGCUGACCUUGCACGAGGAGCAGGAGGAAUACAUCAGAGAGGGCAUCGAGUGGACCAACAUUGAGUAUUUCAACAAUGCCAUUAUCUGUGACCUCAUUGAAAAUAAUCAAAAUGGCAUCUUGGCAAUGCUUGACGAGGAGUGCUUGAGGCCGGGGACAGUCACAGAUGAAACCUUCUUGGACAAACUGAACACCAUCUGCGCCGAUCACCAGCACUUCGAGAGCCGCCUCAGCAAGAACUCAAAGUUCCUCACAGACCACAGUUUGCCACACAGCUGCUUUCGCAUCCAGCACUACGCUGGCAAGGUGCUGUACCGCACUGAGGGCUUUGUAGAUAAGAACAACGACCUUCUGUACAGAGAUCUGUCCCAAGCCAUGUACAAGGCCAACCACAGUCUCAUCAAGCAGCUGUUUCCUGAAGGCAACCCUGCCAAAGUCAACCUGAAGAGACCACCAACUGCUGGCUUCCAGUUCAAAGCCUCAGUGGGAACGCUGAUGAAGAACUUGCAGACCAAGAACCCAAAUUAUAUCCGGUGCAUCAAACCGAACGACCAGAAGGCGUCCCACAUCUUCACAGAGUCUCUAGUCCGCCAUCAGGUGCGAUACCUGGGUCUGAUGGAGAACGUCCGUGUGAGGAGGGCCGGCUACGCUUUCCGUCAGGCCUACGAGCCGUGUCUGGAGCGCUACAAGAUGCUCUGCAAGCGCACCUGGCCUCACUGGAGAGGACCUGCCAGGGAAGGUGUGGAGGUGCUGAUGGCAGAUUUACAAGUCCCAUCCGAGGAAUUCUCCUACGGACGCUCCAAGAUUUUCAUCAGGAACCCAAGAACGCUUUUCUUCUUGGAAGAGAGGAGGAGGCAGUGCCUGCAGGACCUGGCCACGCUCAUUCAGAAAAUCUACCGCGGCUGGAAGUGUCGCAGCCACUUCUUGUUGCUCAAACAGAGUCAAAUUGUCGUGGCUGCGUGGUACCGGCGUUAUGCGCAACAAAAGAAGUAUCAGAGGAUCAAGAGUGCCACCAUGGUGGUGCAGUCCUUCACCAGAGGCUGGCAGGCGCGUAAACUUCUGAGGGAGCUGAAGUACCAGAAGAGGUGUGAGGAGGCGGUGACCACCAUUAGUGCUUUCUGGCACGGCACUCAGGCUCGGAUGGAGCUGAGACGUCUAAAACACGAGGCGAGGUGUAAACGCUCCGUGACGGUUAUUUGGGCAUACUGGCAGGGAACCAAGGCUCGGAGGGAACUGCGUCAGCUGAAGCACAAGGCCAGGAGUAAACAUGCGGUGUCGGUCAUUUGGGCCGGCUGGCAGGGUACCAAGGCUCGCCGGGAAUUGCGGAGACUGAAGGAAGAAGCCAGGCGUAAGCAUGCUGUCGCUGUGAUUUGGGCCUACUGGCAGGGACUCAAGGUGCGCCGAGAGUACAGGAAGUUCUUCAAGGCAAAUGCAGGGAAGAAGAUCUAUGACUUCACCAUCCAGAGAAUAAUGCAAAAGUACUUCCUGGAUCUGAAGCGCCACAUGCCGUCGAUGUCGCCCAUCGAUCAGAACUGGCCUGCCCGCCCGUACCGUUUCUUGGAUGCAGUCCACUCAGACCUGCGGCACAUCUUCCAUCACUGGAGGUGCAAGAAAUACCGGAGCCAGUUCACGGAGGAGAAGAAAGCAGUAUACCAGGAGAAACUGGAGGCGAGCGAGAUCUUCAAAGAUAAGAAGGCCCUUUACGCCAGCAGCGUGAGCCAGCCCUUCAAAGGCGACUACCUGGAGAUCAGCAAGAAUCCAAAGUAUCAGAAGCUCAACAGUUCUGUGGACGAGAAGGUUCUGCUGGCUGACGUGGUGAACAAGAUUAACCGGGCUAAUGGCAAGGGGGCAGCCCGGAUCUUCCUCCUGACCAAGAAGAGCGUGGUCCUGGCUGACCAGAAGACGGGUCAGGUGAAGGCCAGCGUGGCGCUGCCAGAUGUCAGCAGCGUCUCCGUCAGCACCCAGAGCGACGGCUUCUUCGCCCUCAGACUGAAAGAGGGCUCAGCCUCGGCGGUGAAAGGCGACUUCCUCCUCAGCAGCGAGCACCUGAUCGAGAUCAUCACCAAGCUGCACCACCUGGGCUCCACGGCGGACACAGAGCAGCUCAACAUCGACAUCUCAGACGAGUUCCUGGUGCAGUUCAAGCAGGACAAAGUGUGCGUGAAGUUUGUCCAGGGGGCGCCCAAAAACGGCAGCGGCGUCUCUUGCAAGCGCAAGAACAACCGCCUGCUGGAGGUUUCGGUGCCCACGACGGCGUAGUGGCCGAGCUGGUAUCACCAAAAACUGACAAUUCUCUCUAUUCUUUUCUUUUUUUUCAUAAAUCUCUUACAGCAGCACCAAUAUAUUUGUAACCUUGUGCCACUUUUGGGGGGGUGGAAACGCCCCGUUUUGGGGUUCACUGCCACAGAAAUUGUCGACAGUGUCUUGUAGGAGACGAGAGGGCCUUGACGACUCCAUUUUAAAGUCAGCGGACUAGUUAAAAUGUGGGAUAAAAUGGGAACGUUUUGGAACAUACUGCACUUGUUUAUCAAAAGAGUUGGUUGUAUAAUGUUGUUUCCUGUGAUUUGUUAAUUCCAUGAUUAUUAUUAUUAUUUCACUGUAUAAUCCUGCGUGCCAUUCGACAGCACAAACCCAAAACACCAUAUCGCUCUGUGUAUUUGCAAAUCUAUUGCCAAAAAUACUUCUGUUAUAUCAGUUAUGCCAAGCUUUUAUAUCAUCAAAUCCAGUCAGCUUCUAAUUUGGGCCGCGAGAGAAAAUCUGACAUCGAUCUGUCAUGUGAAAUUAAAACACCUGCUUCGUCUUUUAUGUGCAAUAAUUCCUGGAAGGCUCUGUUGAAAUCCUCCUAGCGGCUGAUCCGAGGCUGCGCAGUGGCUCUCACACGCUGUACAUUUGCUUCCAGCUGUGGUUCUGAUGUGCACCGCGGGGUGUUCUUCAUUUAAAUGCCGUGUUUGGGGAUUAUUUUUUCCUGCCUCUGCAGCUUUGCUGGAGUGUUUCUGAGCAUUCAUGAUGACGUUUUCUACUUUUUCCACACACAGGUUUUCGGGUGUGUCGAUGAUCUUGAAUUGGAUUGUUAUUCGACUGAGCGGGGAAAGAUUAGUUUGCAAGCUGACGUACCUCAGUCCUGAGAAUGUUUUUGUACUUUUCCAUGUGGAACGUGGCCGCGCAGCUUUAAUGCAGUUUUUUUUUGUUUUUUUUUUUGCUGAAGUGGAAUCUUGAUGACGUCUGCAUUCUUGUGUGCCUAAUAUUGUAAACCUGUGCUGAGGAAGAGCUUUGGAAGUGUUUCAAUAGAAGUCAAUGUAACAUUUACAAGUAAUCUUUUUUUUUAAAUUAAAUAAAGAUCAUUAAUAAAUAUGUGAAACUGUAUUCCACUUGGUCAAUG